CAUCCCCGUGGAGUGGGAUAGUUCAGUAGUUUGCAGUAGUAGUUCGCAAGCUUCCCAAUCGAACAUGUUCAAGUUUCUACUGAUUGUCACCAUUCUGCCGGCUAUCGUCUUCGGCAAAACUCCGUUCCGUUCGUGUCGCGGAGGAGGUCCCAUUCCAAGUUCCGUUAAUAUUGAAGGUUGUACAGCGCUUCCUUGCAGGGUCGUUUCCGGUAUUCCUUUGAUUGCACACGGGACCGGUAUCCGUACCACGGUAGACACCCCGACAGCGAAGGCUCACAUCACUGUGCGUUGGUUGGGAUUGGACGUCGGAUUCAGAAUCCCGGACGAUCUGGCCGAUGCCUGUGCCGUUGGCAUAACUGGUAGCUCGUGCCCACUUAACGCUGGGCAGGAAUUUGAUUACACACUUAACUAUUCUAUGACGCUGCCACUGACCGGAAUUACUGCGCAGGUUGAGGUCGGUCUAACUGCUGCUGAUGGUAGCUUAAUUACGUGUAUCGAAAUUGAUGCCCAUAUAGUGGGUUAAUUUAUCAUCAUCCUAAAACGUACGUGUCGUACGUUAAAGCUAUAAAUAGUAGAAGUUAAAUUUAAUUAUUUUUCAUCCGUUGAACAUCUUUGUAGAAUUCUUGCACAAGAAUUCAUUAAUUAUGAGAAUCGUUAUGGUAAACAAUUUUAGUGCAUUAAUCAACCUAUUAGAAUGACAUCGAAUGAUGAAGAUCAAGAGUUUAAAACUGCGAUAAGGCCAUAGAGAUUCAGAUUGACUGGUGGAUACCGAAAAAAAACUAAAACCAAAGAAAGAUUUUCCUUCAAAUGUCCUACGAAGUUCAGAGUGAAUACUCGUCACGUCCAUGCCAAAUGUGUCCGUUUCAGUGUUGUCAAUUAAACAUACACCCCGUUACGUAACCAUUAAACGAUAAACCACUUCUCUUAUCUCUCUAACACGAA